AUGGUUAGGAAGGAAUUGAAGGAUCGAACGAUCCCAAUCCGCAUCGCAGGCAUCGACGCCCCAGAAGGCGCCCACUUCGGCCGGCCCGCACAACCCUACUCGAGCGAAGCCCUCCAGUGGCUCCGAAACUACAUCCUCGGCAAGCGCGUGCGGGCACGCAUAUACCGCAAGGAUCAGUACGACCGGGUCGUUGCGACCGUCUUCGUUCGGAAACCGCCCUUCUUCCUGCGCAAGGACGUUGGGCUGGAAAUGCUUAAACUUGGGCUGGCGACCACGUACGAAGCCAAGACGGGCGCGGAGUUUGGCGGGCCUAAGAUGGAGCAGGUGUAUAAGGAUGCUGAGGCGGCGGCGAGGAGGAAGGGGAAGGGGAUGUGGGCGAAUACCCUGACGGGAUUCUUCGGGCUGGGAAGGAGAAGGGAAAUCGAGAGUCCGAGACAGUAUAAGGACCGGAUGAGAGCGGCGGGCAACACUAUACUGGGUAAGAAGACUGCGGCGCCCAAAGCAACAACGGCUGCCAAGAAGGCGCCGGCCGUGAAGAGAGAGACGGCGGCGGCUGCGAAGAAGGAGAAGACAAAAGCGACGGCUGCAGAUAGUACCGUGGCAAAGAUGCCAUGAUGGUUGCAGGAAAUGGACGACGACUGAUGAUACCCAUAAAUGAUAUAUCCAAGGAAGAGGUCAGUUGGCACAGAAACACAGUCAUUGCUCGGAAGUGCUGUCUUGGUUCGCCGAGUCUCCAAUCGUUUGGACUUGUCGUACACAAUCGCAUUGAAUUUGAGUAGAGUCUAUACUGA